AAGUAGUCGCUGGGUGCUGCCGCAUUGCGCUGCUAGUAGCUCGCUCUUGGCCCGUUGGCGCCAGUGGGUGGCCGGGUGAGAGGACUGCUCUGCGGGCGGUGGGCCUCUGCAGUGCGCCGCGCUCGCUCCGCCGCCGCUGUGGUAGAGAUGAACGGGUCGGGGAUGGCCGCGGGGAUGGCCGAGCGGCUGAUGCUGUCGGGCGGGGUCGGCUGGCCGGCCGACGACGCGCCGCCGCCGUCCAGCGAGCCGGUCAGCAGCGCCUCCAGCACGGUCAGCCCGGACGCCCAGCACGUCAGCCCCGGCCGCGACGAGUACCUGGCCACCAUCGAGAUCUGCGUGCUGUUCGCCAUCUUCCUGAUGGCGCUGGUGGGCAACAGCAGCAUCCUGCUGGCGCUGCAGGGCAUCCGCGCCGAGCGGCGCAUGUCGCGCGUCCACUACUUCAUGCUGCACCUCAGCGUGGCAGACAUCCUGGUGGCGUUCUUCAACGUGCUGCCCCAGCUGGCCUGGGACAUCACGUACCGCUUCGUGGGGCCCAACCUGCUCUGCAAGCUGGUCAAGUACUCCCAGGUGCUGACGCUCUACCUGUCCACUUUCAUCCUCGUGGCGAUGGCCAUCGACCGCUACCACGUCAUCUACGGCCGGACGACGUUCCACUCCAACUCCAUCAUCUGCGCGCGCUACAUGGUCCGCCUGGCGUGGCUGUUCGCGGCGCUGUGCGCCCUCCCGCAGCUGUUCAUCUUCUCCGUGCAGCAGCUGCCGUCGGGGGAGCGCGACUGCUGGGGCACCUUCCGCUUCAGCUGGGGCGAGCGCGCCUACAUCAUCUGGUUCAGCAGCGUGGUGUUCCUGGUGCCGCUGAUGAUCAUCGCCUUCUGCUACUCGGCGAUGACGUACCGGAUCUACCAGUGCUCGCGGCAGGGCCAGGCGGCGCCAGCCAGCUCGUUCGAGCCGGUGGGCAGCCAGGUGUGCUGGGAGAGUCAGCCGGAGACGCUGUGCUGCCUGCAGCUGGAGCUGCGCGUCCGCUCGCGGCCCGGCACCGCCGCCGAGCACCGCGUGCAGGUGUGCGACGAGCGGCGCCGCAUCAGCGCCGCCAAGGUGCAGUCGGUGAAGCUGACACUGUGCGUGGUGCUGUGCUUCGUGGUGUGCUGGGCGCCCUUCUGCUGCACGCAGUUCUACCUCACCUUCUUCCCACCGCAGGACACGUCCAAGCUACCGGCGGUGUUUGUGAUCCUGCUGCUGCUGGCCAGUCUCAACUCGUGCACCAACCCCUGGAUCUACCUGUGCUUCAGCAAGGACGUCACUGUCCAGCUGAAGACGGCGCUGCACUGUAAGGGCGGCACGUGCGAGCUGCUCAGCUCCCUGCUGUCGCUGCUGCGCUACGAUCAGUCCCUGGUGAGCUCCAACAUCGAGAGCGAGCCGCCCAGGGGGUGCGCCGUCAUCGCCCAGCCGGUCACGCCCGUGAUACAGGUGUAGGGCGGAACGGUGAGGAACGGCGAGGAACGGCGCAGGAACGAGCGAGGAACGGCGCAGGAACGGUACAGGAACUGGUCAGGAACGGCUGUGGAACGAGUCAGGAACGGCUGUGGAACGAGUCAGGAACGGCUGUGGAACUGGUCAGGAACGGCUGUGGAAUGCGUUGGGAACGGUUCUGGAACCGCCGUUGGGAGAUGGCAGAGGAGUGCUUGGCAUGAACUAUUUUUGCUUGGCUUUCGGCCAGGCCAUGCGAGCCAUCCACUAUGGGUAUAUGUUAUUUGUUUGGCAAUGUUGUGGACAAUAUUAGGUAUACCACUGUAGAAUUGUGUCGGACAGUGCUACAAGACAUCGUGCUGCCAGUGUCAGUGGACAGUGUAGCAGUGGACUGAUCAGCGGUGCUGGCUCCUGGCGCCGGAUGAAUUUCUGACCGGGCAGUGGCGCCGUGAUGGAGGUAUUAUUGGACAGUGAUACACAGUGCAGCCAGACGUUGUGUCAGGGCGCCGUCAAUUGAAGAAUGGUACAGCAUGAGGAAUGGCAAUUGGCACGUCAAUGUUCAGCAAAACAUCACUGGGCACUGCUACUUGUUCGCGUUCUGUCAUUUGGCGUCAUGACGUGUGAUGUGUUCUCUCUGACGUGAGUUUUUUACUGCACAGCGCGUACAUCUAACUGAACGCACGACGGCGAUGCUGGCAAACAAUUACCGUUUAUACAUAAGCAGGUAAAUGCAUAUAAUAAGCAGAUUUGGCAUUGAGCUUCACGUUGUUCCUAUACGUUUAUAUGAACGUCACGCAUUAUGCGUUUGGCUUUCUCAUUUAUCUGCGAUAAACAACAACAGCCCUUGUCACUGGAAGGGACGGGAGCGAACCGGCCAACGGACGGGCUCGGCGCCGGCCCCGUGGCACCCUCCCACCUGACGCCGGUCUGAACCACUGCACUGAGCGCGGCAUGCAGGCUGUGUGAUGGCGGUCAGCCGGCACAGGGCAGGAGUUACGGGUCGAGCGACCCCGUCAGUUGUGGGGCCAGAGGGUCAAAGACUCCACUCCUAACCACGUAGCAUGGAACUUAACGAGCAGUUUGUCAACAAAUAGUUGUGGGCGUUGUUUUAUUUUCACAAGCAGCAUUAUCAAUUGAGAUCUCCAUAAUAUUCUCAGAGUACAAUCGCUAAGUCAUGUGUGUGUUCAUUUGUUUUUGUGUGUGUUUGUGUUUCGUUUUGUGUAAGUGUAUGUGUGGUCGGCUCAGCUGACGUAUUUGGGACCGUUGCACAGCUGAGCACAGCGUGUUUGACCGUUUCUUUACCACCCCCACGGCCACCUCUUCUCUGAGCGCUUGUCCCGUGUUACGCAACGAUUCUCAUGACUAUAUUGCGAGACACACGGUUUUGGUGUUAUCUUGAGCGGAUGAUAAUUCCAUAAGCUAGCUCACUUUUUUGUAAUAACAGUUUCUCUGUUCUGAACAAUGGAAAGGCUAAGAUGUUAAAAGGAAUCAAUAACGCAGAUCUAACCCAUUUUUUUGCCAGCUAUUUUUGCGCCGUUGGCUUUGAGGGUGUUUUGCCUUGGCAAGAUCCGGAAUCAAUACGGCUCCACUAUUAUGUGCUCGAAAUUGUACCUGGCGAAAUGUAGACGGUAGACGCCAAUUGGUAAAUGAAUUCAGCGUGUCCUGUAAUAUAAUGUUGCUCGAUACCUGAAAUAUGCGCUUUCAAGUGCAUUAGACUGCAAAGCGUUUCCACGAGGCUGAUUGCUGCCACUUCUGGCUAAAUUCAGCAUUGCACUGACUUGAUAUUCGUCGAUGGCAAAA